GAUUAAUCUAAAUCAUGUUGAAGAUUUGCACAAAGUAAAAUCCUCCAUCAGAGCCUAAAAAGUAAUCAAAAAUGAAGACAAUUAAUGGGUUUUUGCUCCUCUCGACAAUAGCUUUGGCUGUUUUUCAAUUAGUCCAAGCUCAAUCUCAAUCAGGAUUUAUUAGCUUGGAUUGUGGAUUAGUUCCUAAGAACACAACCUAUACCGAGACGAUAACGAAUAUAACAUACAUAUCAGACGCGGAUUAUAUCGACAGUGGAUUAACCGAAAAGAUCAGUGAUUCAUACAAGUCACAACUUCAGCAACAGACUUGGACCUUAAGAAGCUUCCCUGAAGGUCAAAGAAACUGUUACAACUUCAAUCUCAAAGCGAAUCUCAAAUAUCUGAUUAGAGGAACGUUUGUGUAUGGGAAUUAUGAUGGUUUGAAUCAAAUACCUAAGUUUGAUCUUCAUAUUGGUCCUAAUAAAUGGACUUCUGUUAUGUUGGAAGGAGUAGCAAAUGCGACGAUCUACGAGAUUAUUCAUGUCUUAACUCAAGAUCGUCUUCAAGUUUGUCUUGUCAAAACAGGUAAUACGACACCGUUUAUAUCGUCGUUGGAACUUCGUCUGUUGAACAAUAAUACUUACGUCACUCAAAGCGGAUCGUUGAUGUCCUUCGCCAGAAUCUACUUUCCAAAGACUGCAUAUUUCCUCAGGUAUUAUGAUGACUUGUAUGAUCGAGUUUGGGUUCCAUUCAGCCAGAAUGAAACAUUGUCGUUAAGCACCAAUCUACCGAUUGAUACAAGCAGCAAUCCCUACAAUGUGCCUCAAAAUGUGGCGAAUUCCGCUAUUAUCCCUGCGAAAGCUACUAAUCCUCUCAACAUAUGGUGGGAUCUCCAAAACAUCAAUGCACCAUCAUAUGUAUACAUGCAUUUUGCAGAGAUACAGAAUCUUAAAGCUAAUGAGAUCAGAGAAUUCGACAUUACUUACAAUGGUGGUCAGGUUUGGCAAAGUUACUUUAGACCUCACAAUCUCAGCAUCACAACAAUCUCUAGUCCAACAGCUUUGAGUUCUUCAGAUGGUUUUUUCAAUUUCACUUUUACAAUGACCAAAAACUCUACUCUUCCUCCACUUAUCAAUGCCCUUGAGGUUUAUAUACUUGUAGAAAAUUCACUGCUCGAGACAUAUCAAGAUGAAGUUUCUGCUAUGAUGAACAUCAAGAAAACAUAUGGAUUGAGUAAAAAGGUAAGUUGGCAAGGAGAUCCAUGUUCUCCUCAAAUUUAUCGAUGGGAAGGUGUGGAUUGUCUUUAUUUGGACUCCGAUCAACCUCUGAUCACAUCAUUGAACUUGACAACGAGUGGAUUGACCGGUACCAUAACGAAUGAUAUAUAUAAUCUUAUACAACUGAGGGAACUAGAUUUAUCAAAUAAUGAUUUAUCUGGAGAUAUUCCAGAUUUUCUUGCUGAUAUGAAGAUGUUGACAGUAAUGUAAGUUUCUGUUAGUUAACUCUUUGCUCGUUCUGCUAUGGUUUUGUUCUUGAAAGAUUCAGUCUUUUCGUUUCGCAGAAACUUAAGAGGAAACCCAAAGCUGAAUCUCACAGUUCCAGAUUCUAUUCAUAAUAGGAUAAAGAACAAAUCUUUAA